AAAAAAGAAAUCUUUUUUUUUCUUUAUUUAGAUUUAACGAUAUGGCGUUUUGAACCACAAUCCGCAAUUGCAAAUGCAGUAAUGUUUGAUCGAAGAUCUGGGAUUACUUGUGAAGAAUGCCUACAGAAUUGCAUUAAUCAUCAGGAUGAACGUUCGAUUUGGGUUUGUCGCACGUUAACCUAUGAUAACCGAUGGCAAAUUUGUGAUUUGUAUGCUGUUAUUGGUACUGCUUAUCCUCAAUAUUUGAUCGAUUACCCCGGUCGUGAUUAUUUUGAGUAA